AUGUCAGAAUUCAGUUUAUCAAAAUACUUGACAACUUUCCAAACAACUGAAAAACGAUCAUACCUUCCAGUAGAAGAUGCUUCUCGUGAAUUAAAUACAAUUAUUGAUAGGCUGGCCAUUUCUCCUGAACAGAUAAAUUCUGAUCCAGAAAUAUUUGAAUCGUUGACUGAUUUAUGCCAUGGGUUCCCUCACCUUCCCAUGAAAUUACAGACGCAACUCACAUACCUCGUUGCUUCAUUUGUGACAAAUGUAGCUAAUGAUAUAAGUAGUACACUUGUAAACAAAACGAGUGGUGAUGAGAUAAUUGAACUGAUAGCUAAUUGGAAGAUCUAUCUAGAACAAUACGGCUAUUUAAUGCAUGUGCUAUUGACAUUUUUACAUGAUGAUAUACAUAUUGCUGCCUUACAGUCUUCUAAUUUUGCUCGUGGGGUAGGUGGCUCCUCAAAUAAAAAAGCGAACACAAAUCCUAAUAUUGAGUUGUUUAAAAGAAGUUGCAGUCAAAUUGAAUCGAUUGUGGAUGCAAUAUUAAAAAUACUCCAACUAAACCUUUCACGUAUAUUUCAAACGACCCCAGAGAGAGAUUUAUUUAUAAGUCUGUUUAUCAGACCUCUGUAUGUAAUUGUGGAAGUUGAGCCUAUUGUAAAAUUGAACCAUUUAAAAUCAUUUAUUCAAAGAGCUCUUGCAUUAUCGGUCAAAAAUCAUGGCCAAUCAUCUGCUAUUAAAGCUUCUAUCAUGUCAACAUUAACAUAUUUUUUGCAUUUGUCUCAUUUCAACGCUGAAUUAUUACAUUUAUUAAAUGAACAAUAUGAUUACCCACAGCUUACAGAAGAUAUUUUAAAGGAAAUAAGUACACGAGUAUUUAAUGCUAAAGAUACAACUGGACCUAAAGCUAUUUCGAACUUUUUAAUCAAACUUUCAGAGUUGUCUUCUCAUAUUAUGCUAAGACAGAUGUCUUUGGUAAUUAGAUUACUUAAUAAUAGUUCUAUUACGUUGAGAUGUUCUGUGGUGGAAUCAUGUGGUAACAUUGUAACUGCCAUAAUGAAAAAUUCUGAGCUGUUAGAUCAUUACAAACAACAAGUUUUAGUACUAGUCAAAUUAUUAGAAGAAAGGUUUCAAGAUUCUAAUCCUUAUGUGAGGACAAAAGCAAUACAAAGUUGUAUCAAAAUUUGCCAACUGGAUAUCAAGAUUAAUAAAGUUAGAAGUAAUUUUUUGCUUUUGGCAAUUAGAUCUUUAGAAGAUAAAUCAUCACUUGUUCGUCGUAAUUCCGUAAAACUUCUUUCAAAGUUAUUAUUAACACAUCCAUUUAGCGGUCUGGAUGGAAACCAAUUAAUUUUAACGAACUGGAAAAAACUUUUAGAUGAAGCUCAUAAUGAACUUGACAAAUAUCAGGAGAAUAACGAAAAUUAUGAUAUCUCAGUUAAUAAUAUUGAUGAUGAUAUCAUAAAUAAGGAUGUCACUAUUGAUAUGGACGUGAAUACAAAAAAUACGAGCAGCAAUAUAAUUAACAAAAAUGGUGUCGAAACAGAUGAAGCUAACAAUCAAUUAUCCAAUAAAAUAACCAAAUUGAAGUUAAUGGUUGCUUAUUUUGAGGAGGCUGUAGAAUUCAUUUCAAAUCUUCAUAGGGCCAUUUUUCUUGCAUCAGGGUUAUUAUCUUCAAGAAAUAGAAACGAAGUCUUAGAAACUAUGGACUUUUUAGUUUUAGCUGGGACGUAUUCACUUGAGCCAAGUGGUGAAUGUAUCAAACAUAUGCUACACCUAGUAUGGAUGAAGGGAGCUACUGAUGAAGGUACUAGCAUUCAAUCGCAUUUAAUGACAUGUUAUAAUCAGUUAUUUCUUACUACACCUCCUGAGUUUAAUUAUAAACAACGCGCUAACUAUAUUGCUAACAAUCUGAUUAAACUUACUGAACGAUCAUCAUUAGCUGACCUAGCGUCUUUGGAGCAACUUCUAAUAUUAAUGCAUAAAGAAAAGUUAAUCGAUGAUAAUGUGGUUGUUGUAUUGUGGGCAAUUUAUAACGCUGCUUCAUUAACUUCUAGUAUGGAAGAAAAAACACAAAUACAUGGUGCAAUCAUUAUUAUAGGCAUGUUAGCAUUAUCUGAUAGCAACAUCGCAUUGAAAGGAUACGUGACAUUAUUGAAUAUUGGAUUAGGAGAAAUUGGUAUGAAAGAUAUGAUAAUAUGCCGUUAUUCAUGUUUAGCUUUGGAGAGAAUGACGCCAGAAAAUAAUUUAAGUUCUUCUCAUGAGGUAGAUAUGAAACAUGAUGAAGAAUCUGUUAAAAAGUUAUAUUCAAUAAUUAUACUAUAUUCUACAGACCCUGAAUACUAUCCAAUGUGUGAGCAAGCUAUAAGAACUUUAUUUAGAAUUUCCCGUACUCCAGAUAAAAUAGCAAAUGAUAUCAUUAAAGAAAAAACGAUGAUGACGUUCGGAAGUGCCAGUGAAAUUGAUAGUGUCGAUAACCAAUCUAUUUCCAGGGUCACAUCAUUAAGUCAACUCCUUUUUAUCGUGGGUCAAGUGGCUGUAAGAACUUUAAUUUUUUUGGACAGUUGUGAAACAGAAUUCAAAAAACGUAAGCAUGAAACAGAGAUCAGAAACAGCAAAGAUAAGGAAAAAGUCAAAGAUGCAGUAGUAAAUGAAUUAAACACAGAUGAAGCAGACGAAUCAAAGGAUAAUGAAUUGGCAAUGAUCGGGGGUACAAAUGAAGAUGAUUUUGCGGAUGCCAUUCAAGUGAUUAAGGAGAAUGAUCUGUUGUUUGGACCUGAUUGUCUUUUAGGCAAAUUCUGCCCUCUUGUAGAAGAAAUCAUCUCAAGCAGCAAUGAUAGAUAUAAUGAUGUAAUGUUACAAAGAACUGCUACAUUAUGUUUAGAAAAAUUAAUGUGUGUUUCUUCUAAAUACUGUGAGAAAAGUCUUCCACUACUUAUUACUGUAAUGGAAAAAUCCCCAGAUCCUAUUGUCCGAUCCAAUGCUGUACUAGGGUUAGGUGAUAUGGCUGUUUGUUUUAAUAACCUAGUUGAUGAAAAUACUGAUUAUUUAUAUAGAAGGUUACAUGAUGAAAGUUUAAUGGUACAGCGCACAUGUUUGAUGACGGUUACCUUUUUAAUUUUAGCAGGACAAGUUAAAGUUAAAGGCCAAUUAGGUGAAAUGGCUAAAUGUUUAGAAAAUUCUGAUCAAGGUAUUAGUGACAUGUGCAAAUUAUUUUUUACAGAAUUAGCGACAAAGGAUAACGCCAUUUAUAACGGAUUUAUUGAUAUAUUUAGUAACCUGUCAUCGGAUGAAGAUUUGAAAAAAGAUAGUUUUAAAAACAUUAUUAAAUUCUUAUUAUCAUUUAUUGUGAAGGAAAGACACCAGAAACAGUUAUCUGAAAAAUUAUCCAUCAGAUUAAACAAAUGUUCUGAUCAACAGCAAUGGGACGACAUAGCGUUUGUAUUAAAUACUCUACCUCACAAAAAUGAGAAAAUAACAGAGAUGCUAUCGGAAGGCUUUAAAGUUGUCAAUGCAAGAGAUUAA